UUCUUUUUUAGAUUCUAUUCAGAGAAGUUGUACCAAUGCGGUGUUCAAUUGUUUUCAUUUUAUUGGCGAUAACCUUUGGGCGAUCUCUGUCCCAGCAUUGUGAGGUGGAUGAAUCCCAACACGAGUGCGGAGGAUACUGUUACGGAGCUGUGAAACCGGUCCUGGAUUACCUCGCCAUCCUGCAAAAGCGAGUGGAGUCCUGUGAGGCCAAGCAGCCGGCUGACACACUCUCAAAAAUCGCCCUAAUGAACGAAAAGUUAGACACUUUGGCAGGACACAUGGCAACCCAGCAGUAUUUGGAAAAAAGAUCAACGGCAAAAACUCAUGAAUUAGAGCAACAAGUGGCUGCCGUGCGGCAAGAACUGGACACAAAAUCUACGGGACUGCAGGAAUUGGGAAACAGCUCAAAAAUAUUAGAGCAAAAAGUGGCUGCCGUGCGGCAAGAAAUGGGCGAAAAGAUAGAGACUCUUGGAAAACAGAUGGCGAUCCAACAAGAGUUGGAAAGUAAAUCAGGGGAACAUGUUCAUAAAUUGGAGCUACAACUGGAUGCCGUGCGGAAAGAAAGGGACGAAAAGUUAGACACUUUGCAGGCGAUGGAAAAGAGCUUACAAGAAAAAGUUAAGAAAUUGGAGCAAAAACUGCGGCAAGAAAGAGACGAAAGAUCUACGGGACUGCAGGACUUGGGAAACAGCUCCCAGGCUAAAAUUCAUAUAUUAGAGCAACAAGUGGCUGCCGUGCGGAAAGAAAUGGGCGAAAAGAUAGAGACUCUUGGAAAACAGAUGGCGAUCCAACAAGAGUUGGAAAGUAAAUCAGGCGAAAAUGUUCAUAAAUUGGAGCUACAACUGGAUGCCGUGCGGAAAGAGAGGGACGAAAAGUUAGACACUUUGCAGGCGAUGGAAAAGAGCUUACAAGAAAAAGUUAAGAAAUUGGAGCUAAAGCUUAAACCUAAAAAUUUUGAACUUUUCAAAAAAAUUGGUUCGAAAUACUAUUAUAUAGAAAAUACAAAGGGUUGGAGCUGGCAGGGUGCCCUCGAUAUCUGCCAAGAGAUGGGAGCCCAUUUGGUGAGUCUGCAAAACGAGGAUGAGUUGAAGGCACUCGAUAGUAUGCUGGAUCAGAACAAAUGGUAUUGGAUAGAUCUGAAAAAACUGGAAGCUAAAGGAGAGUUUAUUUCGGCCACUACUGGUGUCAAAGGAACAUUCUUUCAUUGGGGGGAAAUCAUUGGUAAAAACUAUGAUUGCGUCUUUUUAUACCGCGGUGAGAUGCGCACCUAUCUAUGCGGUGUCUCAGAUUACUUUAUUUGUGAGGCAUAUUGGGUGGACCACAUGACAAUUUGA